UUUUUUUUGAAGGGCGGGCUGAGGGGACAGAGACUUCACUCGGGAGCCAGAACCAGUUUUCAGCAUGGGAUUUUAAGAGAAGAGAAAGGCUGUCACUGCAGUAGUCACUGUCCUGGUAAAUUAACCGUUGCACGGCCCAGAGGCGGCUCCGUGGCGACCAAUGGGGGCCGAAGACUGCGAGGAUGCUGGAACUGUAGCUCUGGCAUAGGUCAGCGCAUGAGGUCUGAGGGAACUCGCCUGCUGGCUCUGGUCCUGGCUGCAUGGAAAAAAGAUGGGCUUUUACAAUUAAUGUUGGAAGAAGGCAGCAGAAUCCAUCUUGAGAUGAAAUAACAUGUACCUGGACCUCUGGCAGAAUUUCAAGGCACACACUGGGCUGACUCUGGGGCCAUGAUGUUGCCUUAUCCUUCAGCACUGGGAGAUGAAGACUGGUAGGAGAUUUUCCUUUCAACGAAUGGGGAAAAUUUAGAGACCAUGAAGAAAUUGGCUCAAAAUCAUAAAGCAACAGGCUUGCCUUCUAAUGAUACUGACUGGCCCCAGGAAAAGGAGGGAAAGGCCCAAAUAGUGGUACCAGUUACAUUCAGGGAUGUGAGCACGGAAGCAGAAUGGAAGAGACUGAGUCCAGAGCAGAGGAAUCUAUACAGAGAAGUGAUGAUGGAGAAUUACAGGAAUCUUCUCUCAUUAGCAGAGCCAAAGCCAGAAAUCUACCCUUGUUCCUCCUGCCUUCUGGCCUUCUCUUUUCUGCAAUUCCUCAGCCAACAUGUGCUUCAGAUCUUCCUGGGCUUACGUGCAGAAAAUCACUUCCAUCCAGGGAAUUCUAGCCCAGGGCACUGGAAACAGCAGGGGCAGCAGUAUUCCCAUCAAAGCUGCUGGAAUGAAAACACAGAAGAUCAGGAGAGAGGAGGUGGCUCCAAACCCUGGUCUGCAAGGACAGAGGAGAGAGAAACCUCAAGGGCAUUCCCCAGCCUACUCCAAAAACAGUCAGCAAGUCCUAGAGAAGGCAACAUGGUGGUAGAAAUAGAGCCCAGCUCAGCCCAAAGAACAAACCCUGUGCCCAAAGACUUGAAGGAAUUAGAAACCUUGAGAUUUGGAGCAAUCAACUGUAGAGAGUGUGAAAUAGACCAUAGCCUGGAAUCAAACUUUAUUACAAAUCCAAGAACCCUCUUAGGGGAGAAGCCCUAUAUUUGCAGUGAUUGUGGGUGAGGCUUUAAAGAUGGAUCAACCCUCAUCAGACACCACUGGACACACUCGAUGGAGAAGCCUUAUGUGUGCAGUGAAUGUGGGUAAGGUUUUAGCCAGAAGUAUAACCUCAACAGACCCCAGAUAACACAUUCAGAAGAGAAGCCUUAUUUGUGCAGGGAGUGUGGGCAAAGCUUUAGAAAUAAGUCCAUCCUCAACAGACAUCAGUGGACUCACUCAGAGGAGAAGCCCUAUGUUUGCAGCGAAUGUGGCCGAGGCUUUAGCGAGAAGUCAUCCUUCAUCAGACACCAGAGGACACACUCAGGUGAGAAACCCUAUGUGUGCCUAGAGUGUGGAUGAGGUUUUUGUGAUAAGUCAACCCUCAGAAAACACCAGGGGAUUCAUUCAGGGGAGAAGCCUUAUGUUUGUGGGGAGUAUGGGUGAGGCUUUAGCCAGAACUCAGAUCUCAUCAAACACCAGAGGACACACUCAGAUGAGAAGACUUAUGUUUGCAGGGAGUGUGGGAGAGGCUUCUGCGACAAGUCAACCCUCAUGAUACACAAGCGGACGCACUCUGGAGAGAAGCCUUAUGUGUGUGGUGAGUGUGGAUGAGGCUUUAGUCAAUCAUUCCUCGCUGUCCACCAGAGGACACACUCGGGGGAAAAGCAUGAUGUUUGCAGGGAGUGUGGGUGAGGUUUUGGCCAGAAGUCAAAUCUCACCAGAUAUCAGAGGACACACACAAAUGAGAAGCCUUGUAUUUGCAGGUAAUGUGGGUGAAGCUUUUGUGACAAGUCAACCCUUAUUGUACAUGAGAGGACACACUCAGGAGAGAAGCCUUACGUGUGCAGCGAGUGUUGCUGAGGCUUUAGCCAGAAAUCACUCCUCCUUGUCCACCAGAGGACACACUCAGGGGAGAAGCAUUACGUUUGUAGGGAGUGCGGGCAAGAAUUUAGUAAGUCAAAUUUCAUCAGGCACCAGAGGACACACCGAUGGGAGAAACUAUGUAUGCAGGGGUCAUGGGCAAGACUUGAGUGAUCAGUCAAGCCUCAUGUUACCCGAGAGACACGUGGGGAAUAGACCCUGUGUAUGCAGAAUGUGAGUGAAGUUCCAGAGAUGUGUCGACCCUUAUCUGGCAUGGGAGGGAUACGUUCAAGAGAGGAGCCUUAUGAGUAUAGAGUGUGCAAAGAGGAUACACUGAGGAGAGAAGUUUCAUUUGUGUAGGGACCGUGGGAAGGAGGUCUUUGCUGCAGGGUGUCUGGGCAAAGCGUUUGUGAUCACACACCACAGGGAGAAUUGGCAUGUGGGGACACUGUGGAGCUCUGCUGAGAUGACCUUUUCACGGCUAACAGCUCAGCUGCCUGAGAGAACAGUGUUGCUGCUGGCAGAGAUGCCCUCCACUCUGGAACUUGCUCUCAGCCACAGGGAGCUGCACACUCUGGGGGUUUGCAUCUUCACAGGGGUAGCUCCUGGCCCCACGCUUGACUCAACUGGGACACCUCCAGAAGGUCAUUUCAGAUCCGGAAGUCCCAGUUGAACUGAAGGAUCACUGGGUUGCAGACACAUUGCAGGUCAGCCUCUUCCUCUGCCCAGUCCUGCCCUCACUCCCCAGUGAAUCCUCAAUUUUCCA